AUGAACAAUAUGUUGGAUAGUUUAAAUCUAGAAAAUAUAGCUAAUGUUAAAAUAAAGGCAUAUAAAAAUACAAAUAUUUAUAAUGAUAUACAAAGAAAUGACGAAAAUAAACAAGACAAUUAUUAUGAUGUAUAUAUAUUAACAUAUAUAAAACAUAUCGUUAGAAUAAAAGCAAAUUUAGCGUUACAUGGAGGAUUAUAUAGUAACUAUUUUGAAAAAUGUGAAGAAGAAUGUAUUUCAAAUAUUAUGUUUAAUAAUUUAUUAAAUAAAGAUGAAAAAAAAAAAAAAGAAAUAACAGAUAAAAAGGGUAAUAAUUCUGAUGAAGAUCCAAAAAACGAAGGAAAAAAUGACUUAAAAUUUAAUAUUAAAGAAUUACUAAAUAAAUUAAUUAGAUCUUAUAAAAUUAGAGAAAAUAAAAUUUUUUUAAUUACAGGUAUGUUAGGAUGUGGAAAAACAACUUGUGUAAAUUUAGCAAUUGAAUAUUAUAAUAAAUUUUUACAAAUUGAAAAAAAUAUUAAAAAUAAAAAUCAAGUUAAAAAAAAUGUCUUAUUUACAGCAGAUGAAAAACAAUCAUGGAAUAAAAAAAUAUAUAAAAAAACACCAUAUAUAACUAAAAAUUAUAAAGAUGAUUAUUCAACAAGUUAUGAAACUACUUCUUCUUUAUCAUCCUCUAAAAAAAUAAAAAUAAAUUUUGAUGAACCAUUAUUUAAUUUUACACCUAAAAAAAAAAAAAAUCAAAAAAAUUCAAAAAAUGAAAUAUCACUAUCUAACAAACAAGACACAUUAAAUAAUUCCAAAUUAAAACAAAACAAUUAUGAAAAUAAUAACAAUAAUUUACUUAAUCAAAAUAUCGAACAAAUUAAUGAUAAUAUUAAAAAUUUAUUUGAAAACAACGAUUUGUCUCCUUUAAGAAAAAAUACUAAUAUAAGAAAUAAAAUACAAUUUGAGGAAAUGUUUAAAGAACAUACUAAAGAUAAUGAAAAUAACACAAACACAGAAAAUAGUCAUAAUUCUGAUGAAGAUGAUUGGAAUAGUAAUGCUUAUGAAAAUGAUGAUAAUGAAAAUGACGAUAAUGAAAAUGGAGAUAAUGAAAAUGGAGAUAAUGAAAAUGAUUCAGGGUUUAAUAAAAAAUAUCGAAAAAUUGUUAAUGAAAUUCAAAAAGAAGAAAAAGAAGAAAGGUUUUUAUAUAUUAUUCGAAUUAGUGCAUAUUUAUAUAAAGAUGAUUUACAAUGUAUCAAAUCUAUAUAUUCUCAAUUAUACAAUUAUAUAGAAGAAGAUGAUAAGAUGCCAACAAAUUUAUUACUAAAUGAUUAUAUUAUAAAACUAGAAGAAUUAUUAAUAAAAAUAAAUAAUAAUAAAAAACAAACAAUAUUAAUUAUUGAAAAUGUAGAAAAAUUUUGUUUACAAAAUAAGCAAAAUUUAUUAUACACACUUUUUGAUCUUUUACAUAAAAAAAGUAUAUGUAUUAAUAUAAUUUGUUUAACUAAUGUUCUUGAUAUAACACAAACAUUAGAAAAAAGAAUCAAAUCAAGAUUUACAUUUGAAAUGAUAUAUAUAUCUCCUAUUUUAAAUAUUGAAGAAAUUACAAAAUUGGUUUAUAAAGUUUUAUAUGUUAAUCUAGAUGAUUUCCAUCUUAUAAAAAAAUAUUAUUCAGUUUAUUUUUCAUAUUUUGAUUUAAUCAAAAUUCAAAAAUUUCUUCAAAUAUAUAAUUCUACUAUACAAAAAGAGAUAGCGAACACUAAGCUUUUAAAUCAAUGGUCUUAUGAUAUUAAUUAUGGUCUUGAUAUUAGACAUAUUUAUCAUACAUGUGUUGAUGCUAUUUUAUCUAUAUGUGAAUAUAAACAUAUACUCAAUGGUAAUUUAAAUGUCUUUGAAAAUAAUACUAUUUUAGAUCCAAACCAUUUAAAAAAUAUGUCACCAAACAAUUCACAAUCCAAUAAUAAUCAAGAUAAUUGUUUUGUCUACAGUCAAAAUAAAGACGAUGAUUUUUACCAUAAUGACCAAUCGAAUAGUGAUCAAAAUUUGGGAGAUACAAACUUUGGAAAUACACACGUUGGAAAUACCCAAUUUGGAAAUACAAGUUUUGGGAAUACAAGUUUUGAAAAUGUAAAUUCUGAAAAAUUUGGAUUUUUUUCAAAAGAUAAAAAAAGUAAUCUCGAGUAUUUAAAAGAGAGACCAUGCAAAUUGGAUUGCACACCAAUCAAGCGCAACUUUAAUGAUAAUGAAAAAAAUGCAGAAAAUGCAGAAAAUGCAGAAAACGAAGAAAACAUACAAAACAUGCAAAACAUACAAAACAUGCAAAACAUGCAAAACAUGCAAAACAUACAAAACAAUUUCCAUUUUGAUAUGGGCUUAGAUAUGAGCCCCCGUAAACUUAAAGAGAAUAUAAAAUUAAAAAAUAAUGUCGAAAGUUAUUAUAUACUAAACAAUGUGCAAUCCAAAUUUAUUAGAAGACAUUAUAUUAAAAAAGUGUUAAGAGAUUUAUGUUUAAUCGAAUAUAUGAUUUUGUGUGCAUUUACCCGAUUAUAUAAAAAAGAAAUAUUACCAAAAACUUUAUAUGUAAUUAUAUUAGAAAUUAACAAAUUUAAACAAGCAUAUCCACAAGAACAAAUUGUUGGGUUUUCUUUGGAUGCAUAUAGAAGAUCUUUUUUUAGGCUUGUUGAUUUAGAUAUUAUUAUUUUAUCAUCUUAUUCAUUAAGUCAUUUGAAUAUAAAAAAUUUUAGUAACGAUUCCUUUGGAUUACAUGAACCGACUAAAUUUCCAUGCUACGAUAUAUUUUUAGAAAAUAUUGAAACAUAUAAUUUAAAUCACAAUUUGAUACAAUGGGUUAAGCACACAACAGAAGUUAUGCAAUAA